AUGGCCCCCCCGUGGUCCCCCAGACUCAUCCUGCUCGUACUCGCCCUCGUCCCUCAAGCGUGUCUGCCGUGCCCCCCCGGCUGUCGCUGCUACAGCCUCACAGUGGAGUGUGGAUCUCUGGGGAUCAAAGAAAUCCCGCAGGGCGUCCCUUCGUUCACAGAGACCAUCUUCCUCCAGGACAACGCGAUAGUGCAGAUCCGUCUUCAGGACCUUACUCGUCUCGGCAGCCUCCAUUACCUGUACCUCCAGAACAACAGCAUCUCAGCACUGGAGCCCGGAGCCUUUAUUAGCCAGGGGCAGCUACUGGAGCUGGCCCUCAACGGUAACCUCAUCCACCUGGUCACCCCUGACAUGUUCCGGGGUCUGGAGCACCUCCGGAUCCUCUACCUGGCAGGCAACCAGAUCACUCGAGUCCAGGACCAAACCUUCAGGGGACUGCAGCGUCUGCAGGAACUCCACCUGCAGGAAAACAGCAUUGAGCUGCUGGCAGAGCAAGCCCUGAAUGGCUUGUCAUCUCUGGCUCUGCUGGACCUCAGCAGAAAUCACCUCCGCACCCUGGGAGCAUCGUCCCUCAAACCGCUUGUCAGCCUGCAGGUGCUUCGUGUCACAGAGAAUCCUUGGCGCUGUGAUUGCGCACUUGGUUGGCUAAGGACGUGGAUCAGCGAAGACGGUCAGCGACUGCUGAGCUCUGCUGAGCAGCGUCAGCUCAUGUGUUCGGAACCACCUCGCCUCUCCCACCUCAGCCUGGUGGAGGUGGCUCCCAACAGCCUGGUUUGCAUCCCCCCUGUGGUUCAGCUGGAACCUAGUCACCUGACUGUGCGACUAGGGGAGAGUCUCAGAGUCUCCUGCCAGGCCUCAGGAUACCCUCAGCCUCAGGUGACCUGGAAGAAAGCGUCCCAUGGCAAGGCCCAGUUAUCCCCUCGAGGACUGGUUCAAGAACUGGGACCCAACGGUGAGCUCUUCAGGCCUGGAGCUGGAGGAGUGGUAACUGCCCUUCCCAGUGGUGGAGGGAUUAAGGUGGGAGGUGUUGGUGGGAUCCAUGGACUUGUGCGUGGAACUGAGGAGGGUGGAGAGAGGGACAGCUUUGACCCGGACAUGGGCAGUGGCAUGUUGUUUCUCAGCAAUGUGACUGUAUCUCAUGCUGGACGCUAUGAGUGUGAGGCCUGGAACCCAGGUGGUGUAGCCAGAGUUACCUUCCACUUAGCUGUCAACAUGUCCUCUUCUUCAUAUUCCACCCAGUUCUGGCCUCGUUUGAACUCACACUCCUUUGUUUCCUCUUCGUCUAACUCCUUCUAUCAACCAGAUGUUCUGGAUGUGAGUCAGGAGCCGCUGUAUGAGCAGGACAGCAUGGAUUUUAGCGCUCUGGGCCCCGCCACACAAACCGCCAUUGCGAUUGGCAUCUCCCUGCUGGCACUCACUGCUGUUCUCCUCCUGAUUAUGAUCUACACUCGCCAUCAGCAGUUUCAGAAAGAGGAGGGGGGUUCCUACUGUACGAGUAAGGAAGAGAGCAUCCUUUACGUGAACGACUACUCUGAUGGACCCACAACCUUUGCCCAGCUGGAGGAGUACCGCGAUGACCAUGGCCAUGAGAUGUACGUCCUCAACCGAGCCAAGCCCGUUUUGGGAUCCACUUCAUCCAGGUGUCCCAUGAUGAGCGGGUUUGUUCAGCAGAAAGGGAUGAAGGAGGCGCUGCUGGACCACGAAAUGGUGCAAACACUUACCAGAUCAGGGGGAAUGGGGCUUCGCAGACACCCAGCAGACGGAGGCGAGGGGCCCCUGACAACGGACCCGGAGGAGCUCUUCCUCAGCCAGAGUCUCCUCUUCGGAUCACAGGUUGCCUACGAGAUUCACUGCUAA